CCCAGAUUCAGAGAUGUUUUAUUUUGUGCAAGAUGCCAGACAAUUUCACCGUGUGGCAACAAAUAUCUUCAGCUAAAAUGGGACAAAGCGAAGUAUGAAGAACACAAGAAAAGGAUCCAGGCAGCAAAACCAUUAGUGGACACAAGUGCCCCUGCAAUAUACAGCCACGUUCAUCUGAACACUUCUUUAUCCCUUCUGUACACAAAGUUGGAGGAAGACCAACUUUCCAUCAUCGAAAGAGACAACCGUUUGCUGCUGGAGAAGAUGUCCUGCAUCAUGAGUACAAAAGGACAAAUCGACAACAAAAAUGACUAUAAGGCCAAAAGUUUAAAUGGAGAAAAACAAAAACAGGAGGUAUGGAAAGUGAACCAGGAGAACCGCGCCAUUCUGGGUAGAAUUAUGAAGUCCCAGCCUCAGUAUCAAGUUCAGCGAUGGCAUGAGGAUUGGCAACGAGCUGAAAAAUACAUGGCCAACGUUGCGAGAUAUCCUCGUGGGCGGUGUAAAUCACAGAGCUGA